AUGGCUGCGCCCAGUGGUGGAUUCCAACCUCGUGAGCGGCGGGAACAGGACUGGGAGACUGCGGCCCCAAAGAGGCCCCGGCUUGGGGCAGGAAGCAAGAGCGGAGGCCGGAGGCUCAUUGUGGUGCUGGAAGGGGCUAGUCUGGAGACGGUCAAGGUAGGGAAGACAUACGAGCUCCUCAACUGUGACAAGCACAAGUCUAUGUUGUUGAAGAAUGGACGGGACCCUGGGGAAGUCAGACCAGACAUAGCCCACCAGAGCUUGCUCAUGCUGAUGGACAGUCCCCUGAACCGAGCUGGCUUGCUACAGGUUUAUAUACACACAAAGAAGAAUGUGUUGAUUGAAGUGAACCCCCAGACUCGAAUUCCUAGAACCUUUGACCGCUUUUGUGGCCUCAUGGUUCAGCUUUUACACAAACUCAGUGUUCGAGCAGCUGAUGGCCCCCAGAAGCUUUUGAAGGUAAUUAAGAAUCCAGUGUCUGACCACUUCCCAGUUGGUUGUAUGAAAAUUGGAACUUCCUUUUCCAUCCCACUCGUCAGUGAUGUGCGAGAGUUGGUGCCCAGCAGCGACCCUAUUGUUUUUGUGGUGGGGGCUUUUGCCCACGGCAAGGUUGAUGUCGAGUACACAGAGAAGAUGGUGUCCAUGAGUAACUACCCCCUCUCUGCUGCCCUAACGUGCGCCAAACUUACCACAGCCUUUGAAGAAGUAUGGGGGGUCAUCUGACAACAGCAGAGCCUGGUUCUGAAACAAAGGACUCUUGGCAUUAUGCCCGAGGACUCUGGCUGCCGGAAGAUGCUCUUCCUCUACCAAGACUUUGGAGUCUAGGGAAACCAAACACUGUAUAUUUAUUUUUCAUUUGUCCUAUAUUGUUUUUUGCAAACAAUACACGUAGCAGUACAUGGUGGUAUAAACUGUUUCUAGGAUCAGGGUCAGGUAUGAGGCUGAGUUUGUGGUUCUAGUCCUUUGAAGAUAGCCUUUGGUUCCGGAUUUCCUAGAUUCUUGUGCUCUAAAGGAGGGACCCUGAUGACCUCAGCUUACAGAGAACCAUACAAGAAAAAUAGUCAGGGAUGCCAGCAGUGAAAAACCAAACAAACAGAAGUGAUUUUAUAUGGUAUAGUUUCAAGAUAGAAAAAGUGGAGCAGGCAGGGCCUUGUACCCGUCCUUCCCCCCCAUGGGGGGGGUGGCGGGAUCGGCACAUAUACAAUCGUAAUAGAUUGGCAGAAGAA